AUGUUUAAGCCAGGCAAGUCUGUUCUUGAUCGCGACACGACGCCGAAGGAGGUGGGCGGAAAAAAAAAACUGGCGCGGAGACGAGGCGACAUUGCGGGAUUAAUAAAGCGUCAACUAAAGCGUAAAACAGGCGGAAAAACAGCGGCCGGGGAGCGGACCCGCCGGGGGGAUCACCUCAUUAAGCCGAAACGGCAACGAAUUGAUCAAUCGAGGGAUUUUACUACCGGGAAUCACUCAACGGACAAAGUGAUUCGCGGCGGGCGCGGCGCGGCUCAUCGACGCCGUUUUAAUUUCGCCCCGCCGCGGGGAGAUCGAGUGUCGUCCAAUCUGUUUGACGGCGCGGGG